GCAGCUGCUCUGAUGAAGUUCAACUUAAAACUUGUUUAGAUUUGUUAUUACCACAUUACAGUAGCAGCAGUGACUAACUCGUCACCUGGAAACUAACUUAAUAACCUGCUACAGUUAACCUUAGUUAACCUGUUAACUUCUGAUUUCUGAUCUAAAAACACUUUCAUCUUUUUAUUGAUGAUGAACAGGUGAUUCGACUGAACCGUUCUACAGGUUCUGGAUCCUCUGGACCAGCAGAGGUCCGGUCCGGUCCGGUCCGGUCAUCACGUCAGUCAUCUGUCUCUCCACGGCCCCACGCUGCGCUGUUUCCAUACGGGGCGGGGAGAGAGAGCACAGCGCACGGUGAGCAGCGGCUCUGUGUGCCCCGGAGCAGCAGCAUGGGUCUGGAGAAGGAGAAGUCAGACGUCGGUGUAAUGAUGGACGACGACGAGUUCACCACAGCCAUCGAACCCGUUCUGUCCAAGAAGGGCGACGUGUACGAGGCGGCACCGAACCGAGAUCCGAACGACAUCAACUGGCACUUGAAGGUCGAUUUUGAAGACGUCCUCGCGGAGCCCGGCUCCACGCACAGCUUCGACCGAGUGUGGAUCUGCAGCCACGCAGCCUUCGAGCUGCUCAGGUUCAUCUUCUACCGGCUGCUGACCACCCUGCUGGCCGUGCCCCUGGCGUUCACCCUGGGGCUGAUGUUCGCGACCCUCAGCUGCGUCCACAUCUGGUUGGUGAAUCCGUUGAUCCGCAGCUUCAUGACGCUGCUGCCGUCCGUCAGGGUCAUGUGGAGGAGCGUGACGGACGUGUUCGUAGCCCCGUUCUGCCACAGCAUGGGAAAGAUCUGGUCAUCCGUUGGCAUCACUAACACUGAGAUCUCGUGAAGACAAAGUCCAGAGACAAAGACGCGGGACGUUGUCCCACAGAGAAGAAGAAAAUAAUACGUAACAAUCGUGAGUUUUGAUAACGUUGUUUAUAAAGAUCUGUAGAGAGAAAUGUCUUCACUUUACACCAACACAAGAGUCUGAAACAUCGGUGUUUGACCGUGUCCACGUGUCCGUCACACUAUGGUGAACAGAGACGUUCACCUUCAGUUCCUCAGAGAUGUCAACACUCCACUGGUCUUCAGAAGACUAGGUUUGGACGGAAGACCAGAAACGACGACACCAGGAGAGUUGACACCAGGUGUAGUUUCUGAAGAUGAUGAUGAAAACACAGACUUCUGUCUGUAGAUCAGUCAAACUAUUUCUCCAUAAUCCUUUUAAUCAUAUUUCUGCUGCAUGUGUUUUUUUUAUUAUUAUUAUUUUACCAGAGUUAUUCAUUUAGAACAAUCAUUUAGAACUGAGGAGUCUCUUAGAACAGGGGUAAACAAACCCUCGGUCCGGGGACCGGUGCUGGUCCGUAGGUCAUUUGGUACCAGGCCCCAGUGGGACAGGGUUAAAAAAAUCAACUUCAGUUUCACUGAUUUACUUCAGUAAGUAAAAGAAUCUAGUCAGAAU